AAAAAAGAAAAACACUGGCUACUCCACUACCACGGGGCCUCCGGGCGCGUGAUCACGGUCCUGGUCGGUCUACCGUCGGGCAGAUGCGCGCGCAUCUCUGGUGUACACCGCGCAACACAAAAAUACAUUGUCCGGAACACUUGACGGCGGGCAGUCGACGCGCGAGCAUCUCGACGCACGGUUUCGUUGGCGUAGCUACAGGAGCGAAAGAAAGAGAGAGAGAGAGAGAGAGAGAGGCAGGGACCAGUGAAAGACGGGGUUCGAGCUCUCGAAGUGAGGAGAAGGCAGAUCGGCGUGCAUCGUUUCCGGCUCGCAAACCAGGCGAAUACAAUCCUCGCGACGUCGAUUCGGUGAUUCGCGUGGCUCGUUUUCUUAUUCGUAAACAGUGCGAGAAUAACAGUACAGUGACGAAAAUGGUGUCCGGCGGUAUGGCUUGCGUCAAGUACUUGCUGUUCCUCUUCAACCUGAUCUUCGCGGUCACCGGCAUCGUAUUUAUAUCCGUGGGUGCCGUGAUCCUGGUCGCUUACAAUGGGUACAACAACUUCGUGGACAGCUGGUUCUUCGCGGCACCGGUUUUGAUGAUUAUCGUCGGUGUCAUAGUCUUCCUCGUGUCAUUCUUCGGAUGCUGCGGCGCCGUGAAGGAAAAUCAUUGCAUGAUAAUCACGUUCUCAGUCUUGCUAUUGCUGAUAUUCGCCCUGGAAUUGGGCGCUGGAAUCACCGGCUACAUGAUGAGGGGAGAAAUCUCCAAUAUGCUGGAGAACCGUAUGAACAGUACUAUGCGGCAGUACGAGGAAAACAGGGAUAUCCGUAAUUCAUGGGAUAUUAUGCAGCAUGACUUGCAAUGCUGCGGCAUGAACAGUCCCGCAGAUUGGAUCCAGUUUGGCUCAGAAGACAACACUAUCCCCGAGUCUUGCUGUAAGGAACUCCCCGCUCAGGGCAAAUGCGACGCGAACUCGAUUCACCUUUUCGAAGACGGUUGCAUGAUGAGACUAAAAGCUGCUAUAGAAAGUAGCGCUCUGAUCCUGGGAGGAGUGGGCGUAGGCAUAGCCAUCGUACAAUUGAUCGGAGUGAUCUUUGCGUGCUGUCUGGCUCGCUCAAUUCGCCGCGAGUAUGAGACUGUCGAAACCACAGCACACUGAUCUGCCAUCAAUUAGGAGGCAUUUUUCAUAAUAUUGUUCAUCAUACAUUGGUUGAUAAAUACUUAGAUUCAUUACGAUAAAUACGUAGGUUCAUUACGACCGUAAUCAUUCUCUUAUUGUGCUUACAAUUAUACAUAUACAUAUAUACAUUCAAAGAGGAAUGAUGUCACAAGUAUUUAGUGUGUACAGUGGUAACUUAAGUUAGUUACGUCUCGGUGUGUGAUUUGUGUGAAAUUACAUACUUUCACGAAGAGAACAAGAGAAUUGGCAACUUUAACGCUCUUGCUCUUUUAUAUAUAUAUAUAAAAGAGACAAAAAAAAAUAAAAAAGAGGACACGCAUUAAAUAUUGAUAUUUUCUAUCAAAUUUAAUAUCAAAUUACUGCCAAUAUCUGCCAAAAGUAUACAUCAUCACUUGCCAUAAGAAGCAAUAAAGAAAAACGAACGUGAAAGACGAACUAGUCGAAAUCGUAUACGAUCCGAUUGACAAGGAAUUACCUGAUAGAAUGUUGAUCAAUUUCGGCACAUAUACGACACGAAUAAGUGCCUGCUAAACGAUGUGCCAUGCUACAAUGUCUGACAGAUAUAUUUUUUUCACACGAUGCGUUUGUACAUUGAAGAGUUUUGGUAAUGAUCUUUUGCGCAUUAUAUAUGCGAUCAUUGUGUAUUUAUCAUUAUAAGAGGUAGUGUUCAAACGCAGCCAUCAUUCCUCUUGAUUUUUCGCCAGACACACAAAGAGAAAAGCAUAAAAAGCAAAAAAGUCGAAAAACACGAUGACGAGCUGUUUCUGCAUAAUCUUCCUCGGAGUGCAGAAUGGACGAAUUAUGUGUAGCGUUUAAUUACACGGAUAAACUUGUGUUCUGAUAAUUUAAUACUACCCGUAAAAGUACAUAGUUUGUAUUGCGCAAAUCGUACUCGAGUGUAUGCAGUCUCGGCGUCUACUUUUCAUGCCUCCUCAUCGACAUACCACAGUCUCUAAUACUUAUAAUAUAUACGAUGUGUAGUAAUCUCUCGUGAUUUGAAUUUGUAACGAUACUUUCGUGCUUUACAAUGAGAGGAAAGACAGUGUACUCUUAUUCGUAAUCGACGGUGCCCCGUGAAAUAUAUAUAUAUA